AUGGCAGAAAAUAUUUUAAAAUCUGUUCACAGUGAUUUUAAGUAUGUUCUCAUAAGCUGUGAUAUAAAUAAUGAAGUAAAAGAACUAAGUUUUAAAGGAAGUGAAGAAAAAUUUCAAAAUACUUUAGCUUCUUACUUUAGAAGAAUAAUUUUUGAUGAAAAGGGGAAAAAUGAAUUAAAAGAAACGAUAAAAGAAAAAUUAGAAAACAAUAAAGAUAAUAAAGAAAAAAAAGAGAAAGAGGAUUUAAAUAAAAUAUCACCAGAUAUAAUAAAUAAUGCAAUUGAAACGUCUCAGACAUAUCAAAUAAUACCAUUAACAUUGCCAACAGAAGAAAAUAAUUAUUUUGCUGUUAAUUGUUAUAUUGAUGAUGUAGGAAGAAUAAAACAAUUACCUUAUAAUAGUAGAGCAUCAAGAAUAUGUAACACUGAUAUAUACGGAGAUGCUUUUUUAUCAAAAACAUAUGAUAAUGAAGAUUUCAAAAGAUGCGAUUUUACUAUAAAAGAAUAUGAAGAAUUUUUAAAAAAUCCACCAAAAAGUGCAAACAGAUGGGAUCAAGCACAAGCUAUGCAAGAUUUGUUAAGUCAAAUGAAAUCAAAAAAAGAUGGAGAUAAUGUUAGUAUGCCAAAUACAAAAACUAAUGCAUGUGAGCAUUGCUAUAAGGAAAAGAACUUAAAAAGAUGUGGGAAAUGUAAAAAGGUGUAUUACUGUUCAGUAGAAUGUCAAAAAAAUGAUUUCGUCUUUCACAAAAGAAUAUGUUCAUAA